GCAUUUUCUCUUGUGGGAGUUAGAAUAGGCUUCCCGGACAGGGUCUGAGGCCCUGUGGUGGCUGGUGGCGUCCGCUCUGGCCCGCGGGACUGGUAGCUUCUGUACCUCCUUCCCCACCACAGGGAGGCACAGGGAACUCGGCUGGCGCAGAUCCUAGUUCCUGGCCCUCGCCUCGCCGCGUCAUUGAUGGGCAACCAACUGGACCGCAUCACCCACCUCAACUACAGCGAGUUGCCCACAGGGGACCCGUCCGGGAUUGAGAAGGACGAACUUCGGGUCGGGGUCGCCUACUUCUUCUCGGAUGAGGAGGAGGACCUGGACGAACGCGGGCAACCCGACAAGUUUGGCGUGAAGGCCCCCCCAGGCUGCACCCCCUGCCCAGAGAGCCCUAGCCGCCACCACCACCACCUGCUGCACCAACUAGUCCUUAACUAGACUCAGUUCUCCGCCUUUCGGGGCCAGGAAUGCAUCUUUUCCAAAGUGAGCGGCGGCCCUCAGGGCGCGGACCUGAGCGUCUAUGCUGUCACCGCACUCCCAGCGCUCUGCGAGCCCGGCGACCUGCUGGAGCUGCUGUGGCUACAGCCGGCUCGGGAGCUGCCCGCGCCGGUCCCGCACUGGGCGGUGUACGUGGGCAGCGGGCACAUUAUCCACCUGCACCAAGGCGAGAUCCGCCAGGACAGCCUGUACGAGGCGGGCGCGGCCAACGUGGGCCGGGUGGUGAAUAGCUGGUACCGCUACCGCCCGCUGGUGGCCGAGCUGGUGGUGCAGAACGCCUGCGGCCACCUGGGCCUCAAGAGCGAGGAGAUCUGCUGGACGAACUCGGAAAGCUUCGCCGCCUGGUGCCGCUUCGGCAAGCGGGAAUUCAAAGCCGGAGGGGAGGUGCCGGCAGCUACGCAGCCCCCGCAGCAGCAGUACUAUCUUAAGGUGCAUCUGGGGGAAAACAAAAUCCACACUGCCCGGUUUCACAGCCUGGAAGACCUCAUC